CAACAUUAUUUUUCCCUGACGGUUGGGACUUGAUGACCCUGAAGGUCUCCCCCAACCUAGACGUCUCUAGGCUUCUACGGUUCUAAGGGCACGCGCCUCCAUGGCGGCCCCAAAACGGCCAAGCCACGGCGUCACCUGCCGCAGCGCGCAUGCUCCGAGGUGCUCCCCCCUCCCACCCACUGGACCCUUUCUCCGUACGCGCCGUGGCCAUGGCGACGCGUGGAGUGCUGCUUUGCGGCAGGACUGUCGUAACGGCGCCGUGAGGAGCGGAGGGAAGUUCGAAGCCCGGCGGCGGGAUGGCGGCGGAGCGGGGAGGCCCCGGGCAGCCCGGCCUCGCGGAUGGCGGCGGUCAGAGCCUCCUGGACGUCGCGCGAGGCUCGGAGCCGCAGACGCUGGACGCCAGCCGCCGUUGCAUUGCCAGGAUCGAGGGGCUCGGCCGCCUGCGGGGCCUGCAGCACCUGGACCUGUCCGCUAACCGCAUCCGCCGCAUCGAGGGGCUGAGCGCCCUGGGGAGCCUGCGCACCCUGAAUUUGUCCGGCAACCUGAUAACGAAAGUGGAGGGACUGGAAAAGCUUUUUAAUUUAACUGCACUGAAUUUGUCAUAUAAUCGUAUACACGAUCUGUCUGGAUUCCAGUGCCUUCGUGGAACCAGUUACAAGCUUAGCUGUAUUGACCUUCACAGCAACUGCAUAAAUGAUAUUAAUCAUUUACUUCACUGCUUAAAGGGGCUGUGCUGUUUGACCAAUCUGACACUGGAAAAAAAUGGAAAGACCAAUCCAGUUUGUGAGACAGCAGGUUACAGAGAAACUCUUCUUCAGACUUUGCCCCAGCUGAUGGUUCUAGAUGGAAGAAGUGUUUAUGGUGAACCAGUAGACCUAGCAGAAGGAAAUUGUUCAAAUUUGCAAUGUUUAGAAGACAUUUUGGACUGUUUGGUUUCACCUGGGUCCCCCUCAUCCAAAGAUCAGAACGAUGCUGCGUUACCAGUGGUGACACCACAUAUUGACCAGGCGCUAGCGUAUUUUCAUCAGCGUACAAAAAUACCAGCACAAAGUUCUGUCAGCUCCUCUACAGAGCUUGUUUCAUCUUCAGAACCAGAGAAGGCCAUACUUGAUAAAAUACAGAGUGAGAUGAGGAUUAAAAAAAUCGAAGAUCAAAUUUCAGAAAUACUGCAGAAGGUAUCCGAUGCCUCAAGAAGGGAAGCCCCUCCGAAUGUUCUUAAAGCUAAAAGAGACACAGAUCCAACUUCUGAGAGCGAUCCUGAGAGUGGGAAAGAGAGCAAUAAAAAGGUUGUGAAAAGAAGCAAGAUCCCUACUUACCGUAGAACUACCUUAUCUACUCGAUGUCAUGCAAAUCAUCCUAAAAGCAAGGUAACUAACAGGGAAGAGAGGAGUUCCUCAAAGUGUCCUCGUUCCCAUCAGAGAGACUCUAAUCUCAAUUCAUCAUCAGAUGCUCCAGAUUUGGAAGUAGUGGGAAGAAGAGCUGAAAUACUAACUGGAAGACAGAGCAAUUUAGAAAAAGUGGAUGAAAUGAAUUCAAACGCCACAGAGGAAUCCACAUACCGAGCGCUGAUUCAGGAACUGGAUCAGGAGAAAGAGAGGAGGUGGAAAGCAGAACAAGCAGAGAAGAAAUUAACAGAGCAUGUCAAAGAACUACAGAAACAUGCAAAAGAAGAAAAGAAUAUUCAGAGUAUGGCUGUAUAUACUACAGAGAGGUUGAAGGAAAUGAUAUUGAAAGAGAGAGAUGCUAAAACAAGACUACAAGCAGAUGUCCAGCAGCUGAAAAGUGAAACUGAAAGGCUUACUAAUGAGUUAAAUCAGGCAAAAAAUAAAGAAGCAGAACGUCAGAAGACUAUGCAAGCUUUAGAAGAAACACUAUCCAAGAUGGAGACACAGAGGCUGCAGCAACGAGCAAUAGAGAUGAAACAUGUGCAAGAAGCUGAGCUUAAAGCAUCAGCAAAUGAAAGAGAAGUACAGUUACUUCGAAUAUCUCUUCGACAGCAGAGGGAGAAGGUAAAACAACUACACGAACUUCUUAUAUUAAAAGAACAAGAACAAAGGAAAGAACUCGAAACCCGAGUUGCUUUACAUGGACCCGAAUUUCAAGAUGCUUUGUCAAAAGAAGUGGCUAAAGAGGAGCAGAGGCAUGAACAGCGUGUUAAAGAAUUUCAGGAGAAAAUUAAUAUGUUAAACCAGAAGUAUACAGAGUUAGAAGAUGAAUUUCGUUUAGCUUUAACUAUCGAGGCAAAAAGGUUUAAAGAGGUUAAAGAGAAUUUUGAAAAUGCUGCUGCUGAUCUAGUUGAACAUCAACAAGCCCUCUUUCAUCUUCAACAAAAGGAAAACGAGAUGACAAGUCUGAUCCAAGACUUGACAAGUAUAGUGAAAGAACAGAAAGCGAAGAUUGCAGAAUUAGUGAAAUCAAAUCAGGAAGCCACAGCAAACGUAAAGUGCCGAACUGAAGAACUUGAAACUGUGAUUGAACAGGACAAAGCAAAGGCUGUUCAGGUGGAACUUCUGAAGAAGGAAAAUGGAAAGCUUAUUUCUCAGCUGACUGCCCAGGAAUCUGUUAUUGAUGGAUUAAAAAUGGAAAGGAAAAUAUGGGGGCAGGAGUUGGCACAACAGGGAGCUCAUCUUUCUCAAGAUCGGGGAAAGCUGGAGGCAAAAAUUGAGGUUUUAACAAACGAGAUUGAGACAUUAAAAAAGCAAAAGGAACAGGACAGUGAUACUAUAAGAAUUAAAAACAAAAUAGUGGACGACCAGACAGAAACAAUUAGGCGAUUAAAAGAAGGCUUACAAGAAAAAGACCAACAAAUGAAAAAGCAGCAUGAAGAAAGUAAGAAGGCUCAGAAGCAUUUACAAGUGCAGUUGGAUGAAAAAGCUGCUGAAUUUGAAGAGCUAAUGGAAAAAAUAGAAAGGCAAAAUGAAAGAAAAGAGCAAUUAAAGCAACGGCUAGAAGAAAAAGAAGUAGAACUUGAUGACAUUAAGAAGGCACACAGUGCCCUGAAAAAGAAGUGGCAAGGUAAAGGGGAGCUGUUGAGCCAGCUGGAGGUGCAAGUUAAACACAUGAAGGAGAGCUUUGAUACCAAAGAGAAGAAGCUGAUCGAAGAGAGAAAUAAAAGUCUUCAAACUCAGAGGAUUGCUAUGGAAAAGCUUCAUGAAAUGGAUGAUGCUUUUAGAAAACAACUUGAGUCAAUGUUGGCAGCUCAUGAGGCAGAACUAGUACAGCUGGCAAAUGAAAAGCAAAAACAAAUUGAAGCAGCAAAUGAAAAAGUUUACUGCGUUGAAGAAGAAAUGCGUCAGCUUCUACAGGAAAUGGCAAACAAUAAAAAAGCCAUGGAAAAUAAAAUCAGACGAAUUACAUCUGCUCUGAGCGACAUUCAACAGGAUCUUUGAAGCUUUAUGCCUUACAUUUGAGAGUUGUCCUUCAUUAAUAUAUACACUAAAAAGUGUAUUAAUUUAAACAAAUGCACUGCAGUGCACUUUUUUCCUUGUUUGCUUUGAAGUGCUUCCAGAGAAUGUCUUUGUGAAGAAUUGUGAAGGCUUGGGAAUCAGACAAAUAUUUGUACAGUGUUUUCGUAAUAAAUAUUUUUUCUAAC